ACGCUAAGGAGUUGCCUUGCGCUCUCGCGAGAUUUAUCCUAUUCAUUCGCUGUCAGUUGUACGUGGCGACUGAGUCGUGCUGCUUCCCAGAAUUUCUUAAGGAGUUUAAUGUUAAGUUUGGGAGCACGUUCAUGUGAUAGGAAUACAAGUUCUGGCGGCGUGCUGCCUUUGGAAAGAACAUCUGCGGGAUGGCAGAGAUGGAGUCUUCCCUGGAGCUGAGCAGCUCCUUCUCCGCCUCGUCUUCUCUCCCACCACCCCGUUCUCGCAUCUUUAAAAUCAUCGUGAUCGGGGAUUCGGGAGUGGGCAAGACUUGUCUCACGUUCCGCUUCUGUUCGGGACGGUUCCCCAGCAAGACAGAAGCAACGAUCGGAGUAGACUUCAGAGAGAAAAUUGUCGAAAUUGACGGGGAGCAAAUCAAGAUUCAGCUGUGGGACACUGCUGGACAGGAACGCUUUCGGAAGAGCAUGGUUCAGCACUACUACCGAAAUGUUCAUGCGGUCGUCUUUGUGUAUGAUGUCACCAGUCUCUCCAGCUUUCAGAGUCUUCCCACGUGGAUUGAGGAAUGCCGUCAGCAUUCCCUAGGCAACGAAGUGCCCCGUAUUAUCGUGGGCAACAAGUGUGACAUGCGUGAUUGUGUAAAAGUCGGGACUGAUGUAGCACAGAAGUUUGCCGAUGUACAUGGCAUGCCAGUGUUUGAAACCUCAGCCAAAAACCCCAACGACAAUGACCACGUGGAAGCCAUCUUUAUGACUCUGGCUCAUAAGCUGAAAAGUCAGAAGCCACUAAUGUUAAGCCAGCUGUCGGGCGGAGACAGCACAGUGCAGCUGAAGCCAGAGCAGAAGCCAGCUGGAGUCUGUUGGUGUUGAAGAUGACCGAGGGGGCACAUCUAUAACAGUUGUCAGCUCAUCUUGAGGGUCCACUUCCUGGUGAGCGCCUUGUAAGCUUCGAGAGAUAUUGUGGUUUAAGAGAAAACGAGACACCCAAAGAGUUAUCAGAUAAAAACCACAAGUUAAUGACGGGCACGUGAGGCAUUUCCUUCCCCCUCAAUGGUUACUGCUUUGUCUUUGUACUGUAUAGCCUUACGCAGCGCUGUAAGUACCACUAGAAGUACACCACGUAGCAAUGAAGAUGUACCAUACGGCGAUUUGUUCCAACAGUCUCUUCAUUGUGGUAGAUUUAUAUUUUGGGGUAGGAUAAAAGCCAAUCUAUGAAGAAAUUGCUGUCACACAUGUCAUUUUCAGCUUCUGAAGCACAUUUACAUUCAUCCUGUAGUGGAGAUGCCACUCGUGUGUCAUUUAAACCAAGUGUCCACCUUUAGAAAAGGGAAUUAUUUUAUACCUGACUUAUUUAUUUUUUUGUAGUCCUUUUAUUUUUUCACCACCAUAUUUCAAGUAGAUUGGAUUGUCCAGAUGAUCUCUUUAUGCAGAUUUCCAGAACCUCUGUGUUAAAUGUGUUUCCUCUGUUGUGUUCUGAAAGCUUUGAGGAUGUUAGUCAGAAGUGACGUGAUCAGUCGUAGGUCUCCCAGCUGGGCCUGGGGGAAGACAUUUCUAAAGCUGUGAAGGAGCGGUUAGGCCUCAGUAAUGCUUGGAUAUGGAACAAGCUGCGUCUCGGUGUGAAGAUAAAAAGUGGUUUCUAUAAAUUACAGACUUGAGGUGAAGCUCUAAAGCUUACAUGAAAAUAUAACAAAAAACGAAAAUCAAGAUGGUCGUGGUAUCAUUUGAAGAAUCUGUCAUUCACAUAUUUCCACAGUCAACCAACCCAAUAGUUGAAAAAAAUAAUUUUUUUUAAAUCAGGCAUCUGUUUAUUUUAAUUUUUUUCUAACGUUUUUCGUAUUCUAUCUUUCUUUGGCUCACAUUUAACCAAUGAAAUUAACUAAUGUCAAUAAUUAAUGCACCAAUGAAGUGUUAACAGUUAUCUCCUUAUAAAUUUAAAUUAAUGAGUUGGUGCAACCAGUACAGAAACAUUCUUCUUUACUUACACUGGCUUCAAGGUCCAGUAUCAAGUGGGAAACUUCGGCGUACUUCUCAUCUUCACAUGGACACCUUUAAGCUCCUGCUGCUUGUAGCAUUUUAUAAUUUCAGUUUUUUAUUUUUUGAGAAUCGGUUCCCUGAGCCGCCAAUACAUUAAGCCACCCACCUACUCAGAGCUCCAGUUCAAAUAAAAUCCAGCCAAUGUUUUAAAAACUUGGCAUUUCCCAUCAUGCAGUGCUUCUCCCUUUCAAUCACUUGUCUUCAGUGUGCAUCCGAUCGCCUAAAGCACAGAAUGAUGGGAUUUGCAAGGUGGGAUUCAUGCUGGCCCACAUUCUCAACCAGAUGGAGAGUUUGAUGUGAUCAGUCAUUGUGCCGACAAAUUACGUAUCCUUAAAGGAGCCACUGGGCCUCUUAAUCUGAGAAGAGAUUAAAAAAAUUAGGGUUGCUCAGAAUUUCGUAGUUACAAUCAUGCAGAAAACAAACCACAUGUUUUGGCUCCUAACCCCUUGGACCCCCUGACCUUUCACUUGUCUUUACUUUGUGAUUUCUCAGUUGUUUUGCUGGCCAUGCGGCUUUCACAGCGAUGCCGAGGUCCACAGCACCCUGGACGAUGCUUGCAUGUAUUUCUUUUUGGACAGAUGUGCGUAGCACAGUAGCCAUUCGACAUCUCCCUUAAAUGGGCUACACCUGUGUUUUUAUUAAAGUGAUAUGUCAGUCCUCACCUACACAUCUAAAAUAAGUUAGAAAUGUUAUGGAACAAAACCACAUGCUGCUAAAUUCUGUUAAUCUGAACAAAUGGAGAGAGCUCAUUGUAAGCAAGCACUUUAGGGGGUAUCCUAACAGGAUGAACAAUACUAGAGUAAGCAAAAUUAUAGAUGUCCGUGUCCGCGAAGAAAGAAAAUAAAUCGAAGGCUAGUGCCACCUUCCCGUAUGAAGAGAUUAUACAGUAACUGGCCGUGUGGCAGACUGCGUACCACCGGGACACAAGUUAGAUUCGGUACGCAUUGCUUGAAGAUGUCUAUAUCUUCACAUUUUCCGAGCUGUGCUGCACUCGGCUGGUGUGUUUCCAGCUUCAGGUGGUUGCUUCCUUCUGGCUGCUGCCCUAAGGCAUUGCUGGAGAUCUGAAUGGCCAUCCAGUCACAGAUGUCUUCAGUAAAGUGGUGAGUGGGGAUUGUGAGUGUUCACGGACAGCAGUUGAAAUCUCGAACAAUAAUGGUUAGGAAAAAUCAGCAAUUCCAUGUUGCGUCUUUACAUUUUGUGCUGAGUAAGAUCGUUUUUAACUUCAGGUAAUGUAUCUCAUACUGUUUGGUAGUCAUUUUUCUUCAGCUGCUGUUUAGUUUCUUUCUCCCCAGUUGUGUCGUGCUGGUAAAUUUCAUCUUUGGUGCCGAUUAGGAGAACUGAUCAAGAUAGUAAACCACAAGCACCGUGGGGUGGACUUAAUGGGUGUCAUGGCCAGACUUACGGAUCCUGAGUUCUUGUGACGCACUCAGUGGCGCUGCGUUGGACAGUGCAAUAUGGUGUAGGGUUGGCAUUAACUUACACUUGUGGAUUACGUUUAGGAGGAAAAAUCGUUGGUUUUUUUAAUCUUUGAAAGUGAGGCCUUUUAAAUGCGUUACUAAUUUGCAUACAUCUGACACAAAUGGAAUGAUCAGGGUACUCCGAGAGAAGACAGCGAUCAGCAGUGUGUAGCGUAUCAGACUGACCAAAUAAUAAAGUGCAGGAAAACAACUUCUGUUUCUUCCGUAAUACUGACUCACAGAAUAAUAAAGAGUGAACCGCUUGUGAACCAAGAACAAUGCAAUUACUGUUUUACGUGUAAUUUCAACUUUAAUGUUUACAGAUAACUGUGCUCUUUUUAUUGUGCAAUAAAUUUUGAAUUAUUUAA